AAGAGCAGCUGUUAGGGCUGUCAAAACCCAGCCUCUCCUUUCUAAAUUACUACACUGAGUUUGGCAGCAAGAACACACACACACAGACAUCAUCAACAACCAUGCCGUCGCAGAGAACGCAGGAGUGGAUGCGCACAUCCCUGCGCACCCCGGGCAUCCUGAUCUUUGGGAUGGUCAUGGCUCCGUGCGGAUGGAUCCUAGACCUGACCGCCACAGUGGCCCCAAACUGGAGGACCCUUAACAAUCUUCCCGACAGCCCGCCGAGUGACUACAUCCAGCAGGGCAUAUGGGAGAUCUGUAGGGCCACCUCAGUCGAGACGAGGGCGGACUGCACUCUGCAGGACACCACAUAUUUCGGGAACCAGAUCAUCGAGGUGGCCCAGGGUUUGAUGGUGGCAUCCCUCAUCGUGACUCUAAUCGGGCUGGCCGUGGCCAUCCCAGGGGUGCGCUGCUGGACAGACAGGCCUAACUGGUUGCUGGCUGGCCUGGGUGGAAUCCUGAUCUUCCUCUCCGGGGUCAUGACCAUCAUACCCAUCGCCUGGUACACACACAUCCUAAAAGAAGUGUCAACGGUGUCCCCUACCGUAGAUGUGCAAGUGGGCUACUGCAUCAUCCUGGGCUACAUUGGCGGGAUCUUUGAAAUCCUGGGUGGCUUCGUCAUGUUCAUCGGGAUCUGCCGGUGCUGCGGAGGGAAGAACCGGGGGGAGAAGCGGGUCGAGCAGGUCACCGGAGCCCGCUUCGCCAGCAGGCAGCAGCCGGCGAGAAGAGUCGAAGUGCCGAGCCUGGACCGGGCACGGAGUGCGGCCAGCAGCGUCCCAUACUCGAAGGACUCACUGGAUGAAGAUGUGUCCUUCCCCCGGGCCAAGAGCCCCGCAGCCCGGUCAGCGAACACCUCAUACGGCGGGAGACCUUAUGAUGCAGACCUGUGAGAAGAAAAACGACUUAAAAACGGACAAUCAAUAAAGGACUGAGUGGGAAAUAUGAUAGGAAGAUGGAAAUGACUACAAGUGGAGCCCACUUUAGUGUUUAAUAGUAUUGUAGUAAUAGCAUAAUACCAAGACCAUAUUUAUGGUUUUAGACCAUAAAAUAAUAUGUCGGUGGUGCCAAGAGACCUAAUGAAAUCAUUGUAAACUCAUAAGGUGUAGUCUAUUAAGUGAAUUAGCCACACUAUUUCAUCCGUAAUAGUGUAAAAUGAUGUGAGGGGGACCAGGGCUGCAGAAGAGACCCCUAAUAGCUGGGUUAAAAUACUAACAUCCUUAUGAUACUCGGGAGUGUGCUUCGAGCAAAGCAGUGAAGGUGAAGAUUUGGUGGAUAUUAUGAGAAUAUAGAAGGAAAGUAAAAGGUGAAGAAUUCAGUUUUUUUUUUCCCCCGUGUACAUUUUUAUCAUGUAAAUACUGUAUUCUUAUGCACUUUUAAGAUUAUGGCCAACCUUGUAAUACAACAGUCCACCUGUUGGAAAAGAAAGGUGAUCAAUAUUGUUGUGAUUGCUCUGUGAUAGAAGUGCUGUUUAUUAAAUGUGCACUGUUUCCAAAUGA